UUCCAAACUAUUUAGGCUAUUGUUCAGUUAUCUGACUAAAGAAAUAGUUUCAGGUGAACUGCGCAGAAAAUUUUGUUUCGGUGUUUGUGUGUGUGUAAUGUGCAUUUAUCUCCUUAAUUCUUACACAGUGGACAACAGUGGAAGAGCCUAUUGUAUUCCCGGCCUGAAUCAAUAUUGAUGAAUCUGUAUGCUAUGUUACCAGAGUCGCCAGUGUCAAAUGGAACAUACUCGCCCCCUUCCCUUCCCCUGCCUUAACCACGCACCCUAAUGCCCUCCAGCUUUGGCUCUCGGCCAAACUGCUUAUGUAUAAUAUUAACGAGGUGGGAAUGCACAGGAUACGAUUCAGGCUAGGAAAUCGAAUCAACCAGGCAAUCUGAGCAUGUGAGAAGUACAGGUGCCAUUGAGCUGCUGUUGUAACAUAAGCUGGUGUCAUCAGUCAGAAAGACACACAAAAACCUGGCCCAGAGCAUGGGGCCAGUGUUGAGGAGAUACUGUUAACACGGUUACCUUUUUUAGGGCGUCUUCUUGACUGCCGUUAGAACUCGGACACUGUUGGAGAUGGAUGGGUAAAUUGAUUACAUGAGUGCUAUAUAAUGUAACUAUACACAUAAUACGCUUAAUAUAUAAUAUAAAUGUAUAAUUUGUCUGAUCUUUUUUUGUACAAUAGGCUAUAUAUCAUAUUUCAUUAUGAGUCACUAUUCACAAAUAUCUUAAAUGUUUUACAUUUUUGAUAUUUCAAGUAUAUCAGGCUUUUAAAGCAAUUUAGUCUUUUAAAGCGAAGUUACACUUCCAGUCUUUGAAACCGUCUUCUCCAGCUGCCAAUUACUUUUGCCCAUCUCAAAAAGUACCUAAAAAAAGUAGGACUACCCCAAAAAGCGACAUUCUCUGCCAAAUAAGAAACAAUAGGGGAGAUUCCAGUGAGAGAGGCUACACGGUCACCCGUGACGAGUUGAGCGAACCACCACGGGAAGGGCACAAAAUGUAAAAGUAGCCGACGUUCAUUCCUUUGCAUAUAAACGGACCUGCAUCUUAAAUGAAAAGCAGUGACAUGUGACGCCGAGGAAGCAAACUGUUACUGAAACGGAAGAAACCUGCUGCAAAACAUUAUCACAGUAUUUCCUUUGGAUGGUGAUGUGGUGGGGGGAAGCGGUUUGGUAAACGCGUCUUGAGGGUGGAGUGGGAGACGAGCGGCCACGGUGGCUGGACGUCUUGAGCGAACACACCGCCGGUGCUCUGUCGUGGAUCUCUACAUGAUGGUGGUGGGGAAGGGAGGGAAGACACGGUCGUACGGUCGACCCUCCUGUUAUUCACGUUAAGUCGGUUUGUUUUCCUCCCAAACGGAUUUGAGAUACGGAACGGGAAAAGGUGACGGGUUCGGCUGGUGCCAUGUGAAUAACUGAAAACACCAUGAAGCCAUCACACAAGCUGCUGUUCUUUCUGUGCCCCAUGCUGGUCCUUGGCUUCAUCUACUACUCCUCUGGGAAGCUACACCUGCAUGUUUGGGGCCAAAAGCCACAGAGUGAUGAAGAGUCUACACUCAUGGCCUCAACUAAAGGGCCUAAAGUGAAACUGGCGACAGAUAGUCAUGUCACAGAGUCUGAAACGGAGAUUACUCUCACCGUGGGACGAAUAGUAGGCUCAGUGUAUGACAAGCAGGGCUUUCUGCUGAAGCUGGACACCAAGUUGCCCCUAGAGCUGGCCUACAAAUAUGGCAACCUCAGCGAGGGAGCGUGCAAGCAGGGCUACGCGGCGGCCAAGAUGACCACCAUCUACCCCACGUUCAUGAAACCAGCUCCGAUGUUUCUUGACCGAAAUUUUAAACGGCUAUCAAAAGUCAGCAAUUACUUGCCGCCUUUCGGUUUCAAAACGCAAGAGAGGAUCAUAGAGAUUAUUUUAACUUCAACCAAGCAAUAUGGACUUGGUGAAGAGCUGGACAGUUUGAGCUGUAAAAGAUGCAUUAUUGUGGGCAACGGAGGAAUCCUAGCAAACAAGUCCCUGGGGUCCCGGAUAGACGAAUACGACGUUGUCGUGAGGUUGAACGAGGCUCCGGUACAUGGCUACGUUAAGGACGUCGGGACCAAAACUACAAUGAGGAUAACGUAUCCAGAGGGGGCCAUCCAAAAGCCGGACCGAUACGAGAAGGACUCUCUCUUCGUCUUCUCUGCAUUCAAACCUCUGGACUUCAAGUGGCUCCGGCAGAUGGUCUUCAAGGAGAAGCCGCGGGGGACGGAGGGUUUCUGGAAGUCCGUGGCCCACUACGUGCCCCGGGAGCCGGUAGACAUGAGGAUCCUCAACCCCUACUUCAUCCAGGAGGCGGCCUUCCAGUUCAUAGGCCUGCCCCUCAACAACGGCCUGAUGGGCAAAGGGAACAUCCCCACCCUCGGAACGGUUGCUAUCACCAUGGCGCUGCACAACUGUGACGAGGUGGCGGUGGCGGGCUUCGGCUAUGACAUGUUGACACCGCACGCGCCCCUGCACUACUACGAGACCGUCAAGAUGUCCGCCAUCAAAGAGUCGUGGACCCACAACAUAUCCAAGGAGAAGGACUUCCUCCGCAAGCUGGUAAGGGCCAAGGUCAUCACUGACCUGACCAAGGGCAUCUGACUGCACACCCUCGCUCACAGAGGUGUUGCCUGCCUUUCCCUCAAAGACCACGCCAAAUGGCAUGCUGGGAAAUGGAGUCAGAAUGGGGAGAAUGGACCUUCCCCCAUCAUACUCCUCCUCUUCCUCCUACCCCACCUAUCCCCCCCGUCCCCCCCCCACAUCCCCCGCUCCCUCUGCGGAGAUCUUGGGGUAGAGGAGGCGAGCUCACCGGCUGAGUUCCUAUCAAAGCAAGGAAUAUGAUCUCAAGGCAGAUUAGCAAACACAACGGAUCAAGUGGGAGCAUUUAGGGGACAUAUGCACACACGUGCCUUCUGAACCAAAGGCUCCUGGCAGUCGGGGAGAACAUCUCCCUGCUCCCUGACCUGACGGAACAGGACCCACCUGGGUCCACCUAGGAGGGUCUCUACCUGGACACCAUCCCCGCCCCCCACAAUCACAUGACUCGACGACGAGGUGGCCUCACAGCGGCUCUAGAGCCGGGGUAACGGCUCACACCGACACGCUGCCUUCGGAUGGAAGGGAAGACGAACAUACACAGGGAGAGAGAGAGAGCGGGAGAGAGACAGCCACGGACAGCCAGGGGAGGAUUCAGCGGAUCAGCUGUGCCAAACGUACCUCGUACAAAAAAGGGAGAGGCCCACCCCAACCGCCCCCUCUCUUCCCCCCCCCCCCCCCCCCAUGCUGCCUGAAUGUAUUCCCGUCCCAUACUGGAACUGUCAAACACGUGCACUGGGCUGCGCAGAUUCCACCCACCUGUGCUUUCUCUCUCUCCCUCUCUUCCCCCCUCUCUCUCUCCCUCUCUUCCCCCCUCUCUUUCUCUCUCUCCCUCUCUUCCCCCCUCUCUUUCUCCUUCUCUGCACGGGUGUGUUCCUCGGCAGUAUUCACCUCCGAUAGGAAUAUUAUCAUUUCUACUCCCCGCUCACUCCUCUGUUGGGCUGCCUGUGGCUCGCUGCGUACCUGCGGUGGCUACCUGGGUCCAAGCGCCACCCAAAGGGGCCAAAGGUUGAGAUUUACUUUCUAAUCAUCCUGAAUGACGGGGAAAAUAUCAAGGGUUUAUGAUUUAUUUUAAGUAUUUAUUUCAGGUGACACGCGUUUUAAGAAAAGUUCCUGGGUUCCGGUGAUGGGCUGGUCUGAUAUUUUUAUUUUUAAUUGUUUUUUAUUUUACACAUUUUACAAUAAAGGCUUUUGUCUCUCUUCCAAGUGUGCUAAAAUGUGCUUCCUACAAGACAUCAUCUGUGUGGGCGUAGCAUCAGCAGUGUUCCCACUAAAUCUACAGAUACAUCUCAUUGUUCGCUUUAAUUGACAGGAUGUUUUAAUUAGUGUUUUCAUGGGGCCUCUUUUUAAUUUUCCGCUUCGCAGGGACAUUGUGCUCGCACGGCUCUUGUUUGUCACGAGCUGGGCGCUUUUUUUAAGUGAUUCCUCAAAUGGGGCAAGAACCAAAUUACAGCGUUGUUAAACUUUCUGGUUAUUGUAAAAGUGGAGAACCUUUGCAGGCAUGCUCCGGGCCCACUUCUGCAGAAUCAUCUGCUUUUAUCUUUUGCGCGGAGAAAAGUUUUGUUGUUGGCAGGAGGCAUAGGCAGAUUAAAAAGGUUGCAAAUGUUCAAGUGGAAAUCGUCUCUGGGAUUAUUUGAAGAAUACCGUGGUAAACAUUUCAGUAUUUAAAGCGUUGCUUUGUCGUCACAAGUGUCCAGUAUUACUCAACCCUCCUUGCCGCCUCUCUCUCGGCUCCCAACAACCAAUUCAGGAAUGUCUACAUGCUUGCUUGUCAUUUUAUGUCAUUAUCAGCUUUACAUGGUGGUGGUGCUUUUUUAUAUGCUUUGCCAAAGCCAAGGCUUGUUUUUGUCUAUUCUUCCUGUUUGUCGUUUGUCAAUGAUUUUGUUUCCACUGCCUUCUUCUGUAGACUACAUAUUCCUAUUAAAACACACACGCACACACACUUCCAGCCCUCACUAUGGGUUAGUAGGCCUUAUUCCGCUAGCGGACAUCUUAGUGCUAACAUUUAUAGCGUUCUAUGUUUCUAGCGUUAAGAAACAAGAUGGCUGCUAGUGGAAUACGGCCCAAGGCUGCGCCUUCUUUUCUAAUUUUAAACAACAGACACAUCACAAGGCCUUUAUGUCCAUCUUACAGCUUUGUACGUUGAAUCCGUUUUGUUACCGUUCAGGUGAAAUAAGUGUCUGAUUCAUUUGUGGCACCACCUUCAGACUGCCUGAACUACUGGGUUUAACAAGGACUGCUCAAGCUAUGGUACAGCGGACAACCUUCUCAAUAUAUUGCACUAAGAGAAGAGAAAUGUUGGGCUGAAGGAUGUUGGUUAAUAAACACUUCAGUUAAAUAACCAUUGUUACAUAGAUAUAUAUAUAGAUGUGUUGUGUAUAUAUAAAUAGUUGACACAUCGCCCUUUAUUAUUCCUAUGUGGGGAACAAUCAACUGUAAAAAGACAAAUCACCUGGUACCAUCGACUUCUCAACAGAAACUUGGAGACCAAACAGAGUUGUCGGCUGGUUUAAGCUCUCAUUUUCCUAAUGUGUCAUGAAUGCUGUACUGAACUGGAUAACCAAUCCUCCAUCUUCUCUUUAUAUCAACCCUGUCAUUUCAAGCAGAAUGUAUUUCCCUUCACUGACAAGUCAACUCCAUUUGAACUCCACUACUGGAAAUCUGCCGACAACGGAUCAAAAUUGCAAGCGUUAUUUUUUUGUAUUUUAUUUUUUUAAAUAUAUAUAGGCAUAUAUAUGUAUAUGUAUAUAUAUUGGAUGUAUACAUAUUUAUAUAUAUAUAGCUAUAAAAUUGCUUUGUUCUUUUCGGCUACUGAAUAAAUUGAGUUUGUAAAUGAUUUCCUGUG